UCCAACUGUCAGUUUGGUCGGGGGAAAAGUCACAACCACGGGGUCGCGAAAAUUAUCAAAAUACUGCGGAGUGUGUAUUUAUAACUGCGGGAGAAAAUUGUGAAAGCGCCCAUUCCAAUGAUGGUGAUAGUGAUGAGACACCUGCUGACGGGAAGAUCCAGCCACCUGCAUCUCGCCCUGCGAUGCUUCUCCACACAGUCCGUGCGAUUUUCCCGAUUGGCGGAGGUGGGCAAGCUGGAGGCGCCGAAGGUGCAGGGCAAGUACGAUACAGGGCAGCUCUUCCUGCACCGCGUCUUCGGCUACCGUGGCGUGGUGCUGUUUCCGUGGCUGGCGCGCGUGUACGAUCGCGACAUACCAAACACACAGACUCCGCCGAUCAAGACGGAAACCGAGGCGGAGACGCCGUCCGGAAAUGUGGGGAAGGAGGUGAAGGGCACCACUCACACCUUCUACCAAGUCCUCAUCGACUCACGAGACUGUCCAUUCAUUAGAGCCCAGACCGAGGCUGUGACAUUCUUGGGCAAUCAGGACAGCAGCAGGAGCCUCUACGCCAUCCCAGGGCUGGACUAUGUCGCCCACGAGGACAUCUUGCCUUACAGCUCUGGCGAGAAGGCGCCGCUCCAUCAUGAACUGUUCGACAAGUUCCUCACGUACCAGCCAGAGAGGGAUCCUCCCUUCGAGGCGCAGGACACUCUGCGCGCCUGGCAGAAGAAGAACCACCCCUGGCUGGAGUUGUCGGACGUUCACAAGGAGACCACCGAGAGCGUGCGCGUGACGGUGAUCCCCUUCUACAUGGGGUGCCGCGAGACUCCGGCAGCGUCCGUCUACUGGUGGCGCUACUGCAUUCGACUGGAGAAUCUCGGGGAGUUGAGCGUGCAGCUUCGGGAGCGACACUGGAGGAUAUUCUCCCUCUCAGGCACCCUCGAAACUGUCCGUGGCCGAGGUGUUGUUGGCCAGGAACCCGUGCUCAGCCCUCGUCUUCCGGCCUUCCAGUACAGCAGCCACGUGAGCCUCCAAGCGCCCAGCGGUCACAUGUGGGGAACCUUUCGUCUGGAGCGCGAGGAUGGACACACCUUCGACUGUCGCAUCCCGCCAUUCUCGCUCGAGAGCAAACCAGACGACGGAGGAAACACUCCCGCGGACGAAAAUGCGUGA